AUGACGUGUCGAGGUGAAUUGUAUGAUUGUAGUUGGUAGGUUUUUUCCACAAAAAUAUUUUUCAUCCAAACAAAAAAUAUUGUUUCUGCAGGUAUUGGGGUGAUUUGGAUUGGCGAUGGGCUGAACGAUUGUUGUUGCUGUGUGAAGAUGGUUGCUUUUUGGUGAGGGACAGUCGAAGCGAAACACAUUUGUUCACGGUCUCUUAUCAUGUUCAAGGUGGGUGUAUUAACCAACUGAAUCGAAAAAAUCUAAUUUUUCGCAUGAAGACAGUAUUCUGAAACAGUAGAAUUUUUUACUUAGUUUUUCGAUGGAUUCUAAAAUUUUAUCGGUAAAUCAAAAAUUUUGCGAUUUUUAAAUUGAUAAUUUUACUGUUUCACAUCAUUUUACCGGGAUUUUUUAGCUCACAAAAUUUUACUGUUUCAAAAAAAUAGUUUUUUCUUUGAUUCAAGUGUAAAUAUAUUGUCAUAGUCAUUUUUUUAACGAAAUUUGUCUCCUUGAAAAAUUUCACUGUUUCAAAAGAUUGACUUCUGAUAUUUUGAAAAUAUUUUCCAAUCUUGAUGUGUUUGUAAAAUAAUUCAAAAAGUUUUUGAAAUUCCGAAAACUAUAAAUUGACUUUUAAAAAAUAACACUGUUUCAAAUUUUUUUUUCUGAAUUUGUAAUUUGUAAAUAGUUCUUCGCACAUUCUUGUUUUCCAUAAUAAAAAAUCAAAGGAAAAUUCCAAAUUUUUGGAAAUAACUUUUUUUAAUAAUCUAUUUUAUUUGUUAAACAAAAAUUUACUGUUUCAUGAAAUUUAUUUACUUCAUUUUGAUUUGAUUUGAGGAUUUGCAUAUGAGUUUGAAUAAAUAAAAUUUGUAAUUUUUUCACUGUUUCAAAAAUUUCAUAUUUUUUCAAACCUCAGAAUUUUGGUGAUUUCACAAAAAACCCUCUAUUAUAAUAAAAAACACCCAUUUAGUAAAUAUCUGAAAAUUCAAUCUCAAUUUAUUUUCCAGGAAAAGUUUUGCACACCCGAAUAUCCCUCGAAAAUUCACGUCAACAAUUGGGAAGUCAACAACCAUUUUUAUCGAUUGAUUAUAGGAAAUUGACGGAAAUUAUUGAGAAAUCUGUGCAGGUAAUUUUUAACAGAUUUUUUUCAGAUCAGAUCGUUUACCAAUUAUUCAUUCAAUUUCUGAAACAGUGAAAUUUUUUGAAAAAAAUUUUUUAUUGAUUAAUAGAUCUUCAAACAGUUAUCAUAUAUUCGAAUCAGAAAAAUUUGAAACAGUAAAAAUUCAGAAAAAAAUGCCGAUGUUUAGAUUAAAACUGAAAAUUUAUUUUAAAAAUUGAUCAAUUUUUGAAACAGUGAAUUUUUUAUCGAAAAAUAGGUAAUUUAUUUGGGAAAAAAUCUGGUUUCCAUGAUUUUUCAAUUUACAUUUUUUGUUAAACACAGUUCGGAUUUCGAAAAAAUACACAAACAUUUUUUGAAACAGUGAAUUUUCAAAAAAAAAUUAUUUUUGUUUUUAAUCUUGCGCAAUGGAAGCAGAACGACUUUUCUGUUUCACAAAAUUCUAUAACAAUUUUCUGAAACAGUAAAUUUUUCUGAUGAAAUUUUUAUUUUUAUUAAUUAUUAUAUUUCACAACAAUAUUUUCUUAUUUUUUGAAACAGUAAAUUUUAAAGAAAUAAAUUAUUUUGUUUCAAAAUACCGGCAAUUAAUUUUUUCUAUUUCACGAAAUUCUUUAACAAUUUUCUGAAACAGUAAAUUUUUCUGAUAAAAAUAUAAUUUUUUUUAAUUGCCUUUAUGAACAUUAAACUAAUUAAUAUAUUUCACUACAAUAUUUCUGAUUUUUUGAAACAGUGAAUUUUUUAACAAAAUAUUUUUUCAGCAAUCCCGCGAAGGCCAACACGAAAUCCUAAUCCAUCGACGUGGCGGCGAAGCAGAAGCCUCACGAGUUCAUCUAAAAACUCCUCUAACAAAACGCGAACUUCUUCCAUCUCUCCAAUAUCUUUGCCGAUUUGCAAUUCGAACUCGAUGCUCGAAUUCGUCAAAUCUCGAAUUUGAAUUGAUUUCUCCGAUUGUUCGUGAUUAUUUGAGACAUUCUAAAUGGAUUAUUCCAGAUUUAGAAGAAUGUGAGAAAGUUUUAAAGAAACGAGCAUUGAAAACAUUUUGA